ACUUAACCAAGCCAGUCUCUCCAAAAGCUAUACCUUAUGGCUUGCGAUUACAAGCCUUUAGAAGUUGAGAUUGAGUCAGCCCAGGGGUUGCCAUACGUAAAUCAUUUCACAGAUAUGAAAUCUUACGCCGUGGUUUACAUUUGGGACAUCAAAAAGAACCUUCGUUCCAACAAGGUACCAUCAUCGGUUUACACAGCAGAUGGUUCAAACCCCACAUGGAACUUCAAGGUUAGGUUCCACAUUGACCUCGCCAUUGCCAAGCAGAACCACUAUGCUCUGGUUGUUAAGCUCAAGUCGCGCCGGAGAACUCACGGUCUCCCGGACAAAUAUAUCGGCGAAGUCCGUGUGCUCAUCACAGAACUGCUGGAAGGUUCUGGUAAUGCAGCAGAAGAUAAAAUACGUGUGAAAAAGAAUGUUCAGACUUCGCCUGAGAAGUUCCAAGGAGAACUAGCCUUUUCUUAUAUUUUCGGAAAACCAAUUGCCGAUCAUCUUACCGAGGUGAAUAUUGCAAAGAAGAAGAGCCUUAAAGAAGUUGCCUUGAAAGUGGGAGGCUUCUUGACCGCGAUAGUGCUAUGAAUUACACUGGUUAGUCAAGGGAGCUAUAUUGGACUUAUUUGGAUUUUCCUUUCUUCUCUAGUACUGGUUUCUGAUGUUUAUUAUGUCUUCUAUCCUUCUGCGUGACUCCUAGCUUCUAUAGUCUUUCUUAGAAUGUCUAGCUGGUCAUGGUGUUCUUAUGUGACUCUCUAUCUCCUUAUAUUGUAUUAUUAUCUUAAUGUUCAACUACUUGUAUGAGUAAUUCUAUUGUUUGUUUUCCUUU